CCAGAUUCUAGCUCCAGCUUUGCCCAUCCAGCAUCAUGUCUUCCACAGACGGAACAGCUCCGCCGCCCCAGGCAGAGGUGAUGUCCAUCGCCUCGCCUAUCAACCUUAUCCUCCUCUCCGUCUUCGCCAUCCUCGUUUACAUGCAAUUACGCCCCAAGACCCCCGCCACGCUCCCCAAGCCCCCUGCCCCCGUCGUCUUUCGCACCUUCACCCCGAAAGCCUUGCUCCCGUUCAACGGCACAGAGGACCAACCUGUAUAUCUCGCUGUCCGCGGUCGUGUCUUUGAUGUCACCCCGGGCAGAAACUUCUAUGGUCCGGGCGGUCCCUACGAGAACUUCGCCGGCCGAGAUGCAUCCCGCGGUCUGGCCUUCCAGAGCUUCGACCGGGAAAUGCUCACAGAGGACCUUUCCGGUCCCCUGGAUGACCUCAAGGACUUGGAUGCAGAUCAGUUGGAGAAUCUGCAGAGCUGGGAGGAGAGAUUCCUCGAGAAGUAUCUUGUUGUCGGGAAGUUGGUUGCUGAGGGAGAUCCUGAGGCUCCUAAGGCAUAAUAAUAUAAUAUAAUAUAAUAUAACGUAACUUUAAAAAAAGUGGUUGUUGAUUUGGCCAUGUGUUAUGUUAUGUGAG